AUGGUCCCCAGAGGUACCCUAUCAAGUCCUGUGGCAUCACUACAACAAUCACUACUAGCUCCUUCGGCGUUACAACUUGCAGGGCCGCCCUCGUACGAGGGAGGAUCGUGGUUUCCGACAAUGAGUGACAUCCAACGGUCAAUCGAGACUGCUGGAGUCGCCGCAAUGCGAGCGCUUAGCGGAGGGAAGGCUUCCUCUGGCGCACAAGCGACUUCUCUGAGCGAAAGCAAGCAAGUCUACCCAGAACCGAUCGGACGCACUACUUAUGUUGACUAGCAUACUUGAUGAAGAUGAAGAUGUUUUCAAGACCGUGUAUGCGUAUCUCUGAUCUUUUAUCAUUCUAUCAGCACUGUCGUCUUUUUCAAGACCGUGUAUGCGUAUCUCUGAUCUUUUAUCAUUUUCUCCGUUCUAUCGUCUCACAGAUUAUUGUUGACAACUCCAGCACGACUUCCAUUUUGAUUUUCGAGUUCCUCCAACAGCCAUGAUAUCCUCUUUCAUGCAUCGCAGAAAGGCGGAGAUGCGAACCAUGACUUUUGGGUCCCCUUACUGUUUUCGCUUGUCGCCGGUAUGUCUACCUCUUUCGGCGCCCUUCUGUUAAGGCUUGCCGUAAUUCAUCUUAAGAGGCAUCUUUGGGCACGAUUUCAAGGGGAAUUCACUUCAAAGAUGCACUUUAAGAUGAAUAUGGAUAAGGUCUAAUUCUGGUUGUGAUGAAGGGAAGGAUGACGUCGAACACCAUGGCCUUCUCUCUUGCGCUGGCGGCUGGAGUGAUGGCAGCUGUUUCUUGUAUUUCGCUCAUAGAAGUCUUCAGGGAUGAAGAAGAAUCCCCUAAAGGCAGCAAAAACACUAACACAAGCUCUUCAGUGUUUUUUCACAUCGGCUGCUUUCUGUAUGGCGGCUAUUGUAAGUUUCGAUGCCGACCAUUAACAUAUAAUCGACGACGUCUUCUUGUCUGAAGAUGAGUAAAUUAAUAGUAGAGCCAGCAGUAUGAAGAAUCUUCAUCUUCUUUCAGUAUCUUCUAAUAUUAUAUUAAUCAACAAAUACAGAAGCAGAUUUGAAAUUAGAAUAGAGUACCUCGACCCCAAAACUACCUCCCCAAAGCUACCUCCUACUCCUCCUCCUCCUCCGCCUCUUGUCAGGCAUAUGAAUCAAUCAAUCGUGAAUCAAUCAAUCAAUCUAACGGCCUCCUCCUCCUCUUCCUCUAACGGAAAGUCGGCAGUGGAUUCUAUUUCUUGUUAUCGAAGUACGUACUUCCCGAUUUACCGGAUACGACGGAUUUCGCACAAAAGCAUCCAGGAGAUGGCUUUGGUAUAGAUAGCGGACCAGAAGACCAAGGCGCAUCAGUAGCCGCCACCCUCGGCUCGGUCACCACUGGAUCGGGGGCAUCGGCAUUAGGCAGAAGUAGACUCAGUCCGCAAGUAAUGGAGUUAAGAAUUUGAAAAAAUCGUGACAUGUUCGAAGGUGUAGUUGUUGACCACUUCUCUCCAGUUCAUAUAGACCGAGUUCUAAUCGGCGCAAGUCCAGGUGUAGCAUCGAUUGGCAGCGACGAAGAACAGAGACGUCGGCUGACAGGAGACGUAGACGAACCGCCAAUGAACAAUGUAGUUGCAUCAAGCAAAGGAGGUGGAAAUAGCGGAGUUUAUGGCCAAGAAAUGCUCUCAUCCUACCAUCGUCAUAAUUCUUGAUGUUGUAGUUUAUUUUGUGAUGGAGUUUAUUUUGUAAUAUAAGGGAAAAGAAGAAGUUCUUAUUAUUUCGAUGGAAGGUGUCCAUUUCUCUAGUUAGCACUUCUAAGUUAUAGAGGUCGUGUUACACCGCGAUCAUGACCUCCUAGACUCUUUAGGCGGCGUUUCCAAGUCCUCAAGUUCGACACGAGCGGUCGCCGCUGCAAAUGGUCCUAGCAAUGAUGCUGAGAGGCCUCAAUCCCCACCUUCAACCUCUUCCUUAUCUUUCCUUCAGCCUGAGCCAGGUGUACCACAGACAGCGCACCAAAAACGAAGCUGGCGAAUCACGAUUCUCCUUUUUUUGUCGUUGUUGUUAUGACCACGUAGUAGCGGUAAAAAACUCGAUUAGAAGAAAAAGCCUCUGAGCCUAUCAUCGAAUCCCAAUCCAUCGUAAUUCAAAACAAACUGAAUCAGUAACACUACUGGAAAGUUAUUACUACAGAACAAGCCUCCACCCCUUCCGUCGACCUACUACAACUCAACUACAGCUGAAACAACACCUCGUUCAUCUUCCCUGCACAAUUUUCCAGAGGGGCUUGCUGUUGCCAUAUCGACCUUGGACAACAUGCAGUUAGGGGUGACGAUAACUUUCGGAAUUUUGAUACACAACAUACCGGAAGGACUCGCAAUUGCAGUACCAUGUCUCACUUAAGGCCACCAUCUUCCUCAAUCCUUGGAUCAUUGUUCUCUUUCUACUACAACUUGAAAAAGGUUCCUCGUCCAUGGACGAAGACUUGACUUGUGGCCAUCUUCAUUAACUUGAAAAAGGUUCCUCGUCCAUGGACGAUGAAGAUGCUCAUGCUCCGCAGGAGCAGGACGCGAUGAUUUCUCCAUGGACGAAGAUGCUCAUGAGGUGGAACACGACAUCAUGAAGCACGAAGAUCUAAUUCACAGCACGACCGAAUGAACCUUGGCUUGCCUUCGGACUAGCCACGCUCAGCGGCGUAGCAGAGCCUAUCGGCGCUGCCUUGGGACUCCUCAUAGUGAAAGGAGGCACCACUGGAGCAGAUGGCAAGACGACGCUUUUACCAGUGAAGUCGUGCCUAGCAUUCGUCUCCGGGAUCAUGUUUAUGGAGGAUAUUCUAGUAAUAUAAGUACUAUUUAGACUAUAACCGCUUUUUACUUUUCCUAGUUAGAUUGGCUCCACGACCCAUACUAUAACUGCUUCGUUUUUCCUCUUCUUGCAUUAAACUAGGUUUAUCCCUACUUCAUGCACUAUAGAUAAUAGGAACGUCAUGUUGUAAGUGUUAGUUGAUGUUGAAGAUUUUGCUCCUCUUCAUCCUCAAGCGCUAGUCCUCUAUGGAACGCGGAUUUUCCACCUUGCGCUGUUCCACCCUUGGUUUUUUUAUUUUUUUUUGAAAGUAUCAUGUAUCUAUAUACUUAACUAAGAAGGUGAACUACCUCCUCGUGUGAAAAUCCAUCCCCUCCACCUCCUUCAUAAGCUUAAUGGUCGUCGUCUACGAGCUGAUACCGGAAAGCCUCAUAUGGGACAAAACGCCGAGACGAUACUGGGUCAAAGCUGGCAUGGCUGCUGGGGUUCUGGUGAUGCUUUUGACAGAAGCAAUACUGAGCAAUGUAGUACCGAAAAUGGUUUUGUAG